GCCCCUUUAUCAACAGCAACAAAUGGGGUACAUGAUGGGAAAAGCCCCAGUAUCUCAAUCUUCAACUUAUGGGGGGUUGCAACAACAACAAAAGCCUCCUACACCAGUGAACCCCGGUAAUAUGACCCCAACUAGCCAACCGGGAAUGAAAUACACCCCGUUUUCACAACCCCAACCUACGAUGAAAACAUUUGCCGCAGUAGAUCAAGCGGAACGCUCGAAACAACAACAGAUGACGCAAUUGCAAUAUCGUCAAAAUCAAAUUCAUGGAAUACUGUCUCGGCCAUAUGCUGGUUCAGAUAUGCAGAGUCCAUCCAUGACAGGGCCAUCAAACUACCCCCAAUCUCGGGGCGCAGAAUCUGGCCCCAUGCCCCCACAAGCAGCCGGAAACAUGCCCCCUCCAUUUAACCCCAUGGGUCAACGGGCUUCAAUGAUGACAUCACAAUGGGGAGGACCAAUGCAAGCGGGGAAACCCCCCAACAAAUGGGGCCUAAUAUGGGGAUGGUCCGACCCCCCAUGGAUAUGAUGGGGAAGCCCCAAAGAAUGAUGAACCCCCAACAAAGAUUCAUGUCUUACCAGGGAAUGCCCCAACAAAAUAUGGGAGGAGGCCCCACACGUCCAGGAAUGCAGUUCAGACCCCAAAGAAUGCAACAACCUGGCCAACAGAUUACCCCACCGUUUGGGGAAUUCAACGCAAUGAAGCCCCCACUCCCAAAUUCAAAUUUAAAGGGACCAACAAGUACUGGCCCCCACACUUCAUCACAACAAUCAAAGAGCAAAGUACCCCCCAUCCCUUCGCUAGUGUGUGGGGUUCAGAAAGGUUUGGAUACAACAGGAAAGAAGCCCCAGUACGUACCAUUGGAAGUUGUCAAGGAACAACAGACUGAGGGAAGAAUGAGCCUGUUAUCUAGCAUUUCAUCAUUUUUCAAAGAUACCGAUGGAAAACCAAAGGAUGAAGACGCUCCUGACCCAAGAAAAAUGACUGAUGAUGACUUUGCGAAUCGUCCGCGUCCUGGUCGACGUUCUCGUGCGAGUAAAAAUGCAGUGGGAGGAGGAAAGUCCCAUCAAUCUAAACAACAAGGCUUCGGAAAGUUCGAACUUUCGAGUCAGCCAUCGAUAGUUACAACAUCUGUCAAUAUUGGAAUAACAAGUGGCAUGGCAUCUGCGACCGGUGGCAUGGCAUCUGUGACAGGUGGUAUGGCAUCUGUGACAGGGGGUAUGGCAUCAAUGACAUUGGUAUCCAAUACAUAUAAUGCCACCACAAGCGCCACAUUUCCAAGCCCAAAUGCCACAAUUUUAAGUUCAAGUGCCACGGUGGGCACAAAUGCCACGGUUUCAAGCUCUAAUGCCUUUUCUGGCAUGAGUGGCCCUAUUAAACGUACUGGACCAAUAGGUGGCCCUGGGGCCAUAAAAAGGGCCCCAAUGACCCCCCAAAACCGGAAGCCACAAUUAAGAAGAAGACUCUUGCCGAAACCAGACCAAAGAAGGGCGAAACGAUUAAAAUACCGUUGACAGAAUAGAAAUUAAAGAAAUAACUAAUUUUUACGAAUUCCAAAAGGGAUUCAGACAUUAUUUUGGGUCAAAAAAACGUAUUCUGUGACCCAAUUUUUUCAACAAAAUUUAGAACUUGUAUAAUCAAGAGAAUCCAAUUAGAAAAACAUUUUAUAUCGAGAAAUUGCAUAUUUGCAUAAAUUGAAAUAUAUAAAAAAGCCCCAAAUUUAUGUCCUCCCCGAGAGAGUACGAGGAGGACCAAGUUGCUAUGACGAUAGAAAAGUAAAAUCAAGAUUCCAUAGCAACCAAUUGUUUAAUAAUAAGUCCCUGGAAAAAAUAAGAAGGGACCAUACCGGUUGUCAUAGCGACGAAUUGCAUGACAACCAUACAAAUUUCCCGGUUGUCACGGCAACUAUUUCCAUGACAACCAUUUUGAAGUAAAUUAUGAAUCUUCUUUAAAAUAAAUGACCUUGAAUCAUGUAGUUUGACCUUGGUGACCCCCGUUUGUUUGAAAUUUGUUUUUGUUGCUGAAUCCUGCUGUGUUAAUUCCUAUAUACCAUCAGGAAUAUUGCUGUAUGCGUAUCUUUUUUACCCCAAAAAAUACAAUUUUUCGCCCCAAAAAUAAAACCAUAGGGCGUGUAUUUAUGCUGCGAAUUUAAUGAUUUAAAAAAACAAGAUUGCUGCGAACAAUUCUUGUUUUUUUGCCCCAAAAAGAUCACGGGCACUGCUGUUAUAUACUUUUAGCCCAAAAAAUACCAUCCUGGGCACUGCUGCAAAUUUUUUGCGAUUUUUUUAAUCGCAAUGUGUGAGUUAAAACCAUUCCACACGAAAAAAAUCGGCGAAUAAGAUCCGAGCCGAAAUAUUCAAUAUAAUAAAACCCAAUCCUAAUGUCUUAAUAAGACGCUAAAGUCGUAAUAUUUUCGUGUUUCACUAGGACCUGUAUAUAUCAUUUCUUAUGUAAUUUAGUCGUUGGUAUCUUAGUUAAACACGGUGAAAAUUUGUAGUUUAUGGUUGUUGAUAAAUUCCGCAUGUGUGUGCGGCCACUUGUUUCUCUCUCUAUUUUUUUACGCAAUAGACUAGUUGGUAAAGCAUCGGACGCAUUUAUAAUAUCAACUCAGGUUAAAUGUCAUGGGUUCAAAGUUCAUGGAGGCCCAGAAUCGAAAAAUUUAUUACCUCGAAUUUAUUCUGAAAUAAUUUUUUCGAAUAAUAAAUAUCGAAUAUAUUCUGGAAUAAGUCUCCACAAGAGAAAUUCAUCAAUACAAUUGUCAUUUUGUAUAAAUCAAAUCAAUAAAAAAGGCCCCAAAAUCAUAUCCUACCCGAAAAAGUUGCUACAGCGAUAAAAAUAAAAAUCAAGAUUUCAUUCAACCAACUGUUUACUAAUCCUUAGUCCCUGAAAAAAAAUUCAAGUGACCAUCCCGGUUGUCAUAGCGAUGAGUUCUAUUUAUAAAUAUUAUAGCUCCUUAUGUAACAGUGACAGAAAGUAACAAUAAUUAAUUAAAAAUUUUCCUCAUACAGUAUUUUUUAAUCCUGUUACAAAAAUUAUAAUAAAUCCAUGGUGUUUUUCACAAGCAAAAUUUACAGGCAACGAUGUCUCAAUGGUAUUAGAAAAAGUUUGCCGAGACAAAAUAUAUACCCAACCUUCUUUAGAGGUUCUUUGAUUCUUUGUAUAAUUUUAUGUUAUAUUUUAUUGACGUAAAGAAUUCUCUGAGAGUUUUUGCUCGACUAUCUUUUUUUAUAAAAAUGGCGCAAAACAAAAUGAAACCUUCCAUCAGAGAUUUUUAAAAAUACGCAUUUAGAUCUGGACUUGGUAUUACUUUUUGUACGCGGCGCUAUUCAUCCUUUCAAGUUUAUACCGUGAUUAGUCUGAUUAAUUGCAGAUCACAUUUCAAAUUAUUUGGCCAGCCGUAGGAUGCUCUUUGGGUAAUUUCUGAUUGAAAUUAUACCAUUUUUAGUGUAAGAAUUUGAAAAUUGUAAGAAAAAUACUCUGUUUCCAUAAGAAGAAGUUGGUUUUCAUAAUCUUUUCCCGAUUUUUAAUUUUCAAAUGACCCACGGUCGCACACACACUUCCAAAUCCGUUUCCAGGUGCAUAAUAGGCUCAGUGUUCACUUCUCCUUUUUGCAGGUGUAGUCAAUGGGAACAUUAUUUCUGUGUAGAAUUAUUUCUGUGUGGAAUUUCAGGCAUGCUUUUUUUAAAACACUGUGCAAGUUUAUUCAAAUUAGCCAUUUUUUGGCUGAAGAAAGCUAGCUUUUGGCUUGCUUUUUAGCCAUUUUGGCUUCUUUUUUGCGACUUGUUCAAUAUAGGACUAACGUUUUAUAUGUGUUCUAUAAUUUAGUUGAAGUCAGCAGGCAGGCUAUUCAUCAUUUUCGGAAAUUGGAAUUUCUGUCCGAAAAUUUUGAACCAAUUCAUCUUUGUGUUGUAAUCAUCUCGAAACUCUUCAGAUCAUCCAAUUUCAUUAAACAUUUUUUGUUUGUCGCCUUUUGGACUUCAAUUACUUUAUUAAGUGACUGUUUCAAAUAAUUACAGCUCUUGUUGCUGCCCAUUUGGAGCCACAUUCGGAGCAAAAACGUAGAAACACUGCAUAAAAGUGAAAAUGAAUUAUUCAAACUUAGUGGUUCCAAACCUUUCAUAGCUCAUGGCCUCCUUUCGAAGGCUUUUAGCACUCAUGGCCUCCCUGUUUAUCAUUCAAGUGAUGUUUAUAGUGUUAUGUUGAUUGGUUGAUUCCAAAUCCCAUUAUGUUCAAACAAUUUAUUUUCAACAAAGGGAAAUCACCCCGUGGAAUAACCUUAUCAAGCAAUAAAACUAAGAAUGACAGAGUUUUGUAGUGAAAAAAAAGUAAAAUUAGUUUCGUGCCAUGGACAUUCGGUUAAGAAACUGGUUGAAACUGUAGCAAAAAUCUUUUAACCUGAAUUCAUCCUACAUAACAGAAAAUGCAUGUUUAUAGUCUUUGUCCAGAUCCAUAGCAUGAAUAUACAUCUUUGGAAAUGUCUAAAAUAUCAGUCCGGUUUAACAUGACAUGACUCUUAGUAAGUUACUAGAGUUCAAAAAAGUAUGAUUUAAUUUAUUCCGGACAGAAAAAUACUCUUUUUACUUCAAGAUAUUCAUAUUCAAGAAAAAAUAUUACAGUUUUGUAUCGUACAGUUUUGUAUCGUACCGGCACCUUUCAAAAAGUGCUUUCAACCAAGACAAAUUUUUUUCACCCAAAAUCAACUUGUUCUCGUUUUUCUAUCAUGAUUUGCUGAAAAAUUACUCAUUUUAUGGUUACUGCUGCUGGAUAGCCUAAGCCUGCUGAAUUAAUGCUUGAACCGGUACUCAAAAUGUGUUCCCUGUUUACAAUCUUUUUGCUGAAAUUGUCAUUUAACUUACUAAGCCUAAGCCUGCUGAAUUUUCAGUUCACCUGCUUAUUAUUUGAAAACUUUUGAUUGUUAACCUGUUUUUUUAAUUUAAUUUAAGUGCUGUAAUGCAAGGCUUAGCCUAAGCCUGCUGAAAAUGUUGAGCCUAGGCCUGCUCAAUAUUCAGUAAAGUUAAAUUGCUUAUUGUUUUUGAAACUUUGUGUACCGGAUUUUUAAGUUAUGAGAUAAUUCAGCCAUUGACUGCUGUCAUGGUAGGCUUAGCCUAAGCCUGCUUAAAACAAGCCUGAACCUGCUGGAAUUCAGUUACAAGCAUCUCAAUUACUUUGUAAAUAUCGUUCUUAUCGACAGCCUGUGUUCUGUGUGUUUUCUUAUUACUAUUCUUUUUUGUAUCGGCGAUGCCAUCUGUGACUAUCUGGGACCAGACGUUAAAACUUGCUGCUCUAUGCUAACAUUUAUGGUAACUUUUGUCAUGAAGAGUAGCCAGUUAUGUGUUCAUUUUAUCUUUUUUAAUGUCAAAUCGUUCGAUCAGUUUUUUGGUCUCUUACUUACAACUUCCCGAUCUUCUAGCUUCAAGAAAUCUCUCUUCAAUAAUCGUUUUCGCUCAUUGUUAAAGUCCAAUUUUCCAAGUUUUUUUCCAUAUUCUAUGGAUCUAUUAUUAGGGGAAAAUAUAUAAACAAUCAAC